AUGAUUCCUCAAACUGGCGAGUCGUACGACAAAGCGAUUGCUCAAUUAAAAAGCCAGUAUCAGGAACCAAUACGAAUAAUCACGCAAAUGAUUAAGAAACUGAAAUCAAUGAAACAAUGCCCCAAUGACUACCGCUCCUUAAGGAACAAUCUCAAUGACAUCCAGGCCAUGUUAGCCACCCUGGAAAAACAAGGAGAAAUCGUCAACACCACUAACAUGAGAACCAUGGUCUUGGAGACGUUUUCAAAGGAAAUCCAAGACGAAAUGGCGAAAAAGGAAUUCGAUUCUGGUAGCCUGUGGAGCAUGACAAAUCUACUGGAUAAUCUGUCUACAGCUAUCAGACGUAAAGAACACGUCGACAAUAGAAGAGACCCAGUUCAGGGAGAACCCCAAAUCUUUUCGAUUAAUGUCACGGUGGUAUCCAACCUGUGA